UUGGCAAUAUAUUGUUGUUAUUUUAGUGGAUAUUUUUUUUUUUUUUUUAGUGAAUUAUUUAAUUGUGAAAAUUAAAAACAAAAGAUGCCUGGGUGCAGUAGUUUUCAGCCAAAUGUUAGUCCACCCAUCAGCCUGAGUGACCAGUCGGAUACAAUAAAGGGUGCUGAUUUUAUUCGCGUAUCGAAAUUUUAUACCGAUAGUAAAGACGGUAAAUUCAUAAGUUUUAUUCAUGAUGAUGUCAGAACACUGUAUGAUUCAUUUAGAAAAGGAGCCAAAGAGUCCAAUAAUGGACCAUGUCUUUUGGGAAUAUUAAAUAUAUUAUUCGUUGGUUCUGGUCUUAUUUCAUGUGGUUUAUCACCAGGACCACAAACAUUAAUUGGUCUAUACAGUCAAAAUUGUCCUGAAUGGAUAUUAACUGAACAAGCAUGUUAUACAUAUUCACUUGUUGUUGUACCACUUUAUGAUACACUUGGUCCAGAUGCAUGUGCAUAUAUAAUAAAUCAAGCUGACAUAAGUAUAGUUGUUUGUGAAGACGAUAAAAAAUGUAAUUUAUUAUUGGAUAAAGCACCAAGAUGUUUAAGAAAAUUAAUAGUCAUGAAAGAAACACGUCCAGCAACAAAUCAACGUGCUAAAAAUCGUGCUGUUGAUAUAUUAAAAUUUGAAGAUGUUGAACGUCAUGGUGCACAUAAAAAUCAUCAAGAACAACCACCAAAACCAACAGAUUUAUGUACUGUUUGUUAUACAUCUGGUACAACUGGUAAUCCAAAAGGUGUUAUGUUAACACAUCAAAAUGUUAUGGCUGGUAUAUCAGCUGUGUUAUUACAACUUGGUGAUGAUAAACCAACAUCAAAAGAUACAAUGAUUAGUUUUUUACCAUUAGCACAUAUGCUUGAAAGAUGUUGUGAAAAUGGUAUGUAUGCUGUUGGUGGUUCUGUUGGUUUUUAUAGUGGUAAUAUUAAAACAUUACCAGAUGAUAUGAAAGCACUCAAACCAACAGUUAUGCCUGCUGUACCAAGACUAUUAAAUAGAAUUUAUGAUAAAGUACAGGCUGAACUACAAAAUUCAUUUUUUAAAAGAUUAAUACAUAAUAUGGGAAUAAGAUCAAAAGAAGGAGAAAUUAAAAAAUGUAUUAUUAGAAAUAAUAGUAUAUGGGAUAAGCUUGUAUUUAAAAAAUUACAAGAAUCAAUGGGAGGAAAAUUGAGAUUAAUGCUUGUUGGAUCAGCACCAUUAGCUGGUAAUGUGCUAACAUUUACAAGAUGUGCACUUGGUUGUCUUGUUGUUGAAGGAUAUGGACAAACUGAAUGUUGUGCACCAAUAACACUAUCAAUUCAGGGUGAUCAUGUGCCUGAACACGUUGGACCACCCGUUGCCUGUUGUUGUGUUAAAUUAGUUGAUGUACCUGAAAUGGAAUAUUACGCAUCGAAUAAUCAAGGUGAAGUUUGUGUCAAGGGUACAAAUGUUUUUGUUGGAUAUUAUAGAAAUCCAGAAAAAACAGCUGAAGUUAUUGAUGAACAAGGUUGGCAUCAUACUGGUGAUAUUGGCAUGUGGCUACCAACUGGUACACUGAAAAUAAUUGAUCGUAGAAAACAUAUAUUUAAAUUAUCACAAGGUGAAUAUAUUGUACCAGAAAAAAUUGAAAAUAUAUAUAUUAAAAGUCAAUAUGUUCAUCAAGUAUUUGUACAUGGUGAAUCAUUGAAAUCUUGUGUUGUUGGAAUUGUUGUUCCACAUGUUGAUGUUGUAAAAUGUUGGGCAUUGGAAAAUAAAAUACCAGGUACAUUAAGUGUACUAUGUGCAAAUCCAGAAGUUAAAAGACUUAUUCAUGAUGAUAUGAUUGCUUGGGGAAAAGAAGCUGGUCUCAGAUCAUUUGAGCAGGUAAAAGAUAUCUAUCUUCAUCCAGAUCCAUUUUCAGUACAAAAUGGAUUAUUAACACCAACAUUAAAAACAAAACGACCACAAUUAAAAGCAUAUUUUAAACCACAACUUGAAGAUUUAUAUCAAAAUUUAAACUGAUGAUUUAAAAAGCUAGAAAAUAAAAUAAAAUACUUGUUUGUUUUAUUUUUUCACGAAUUUAUUAGCCACGUGCCUGCGAGGAUUUAUCGUUGUUUAAAUAUUUUAUUAUUUGUUAUCUAUAUAAAUAAUUUUCACUGACGAGAAUAAGCCAAGAUACAUUAUUAAAAAAAAAAAAAAACAACAAAUAAAUUAUUAAAUAUUUAAUCUACAUGAUUUUCUUCGUUGAAUAAAUUAACUUUUAAAC